GCCAGCAGCCUCCGCGGGAACAUGCCGCCUCCCGCGGGGCCCGCCACGAGUCCCGGGGCCCGAGGAACCAGCCCGGGCGGGCGCAGACGGUGGUCCGCAGCGUCCCCCUAACUGGCCGGCCACGAACCCGUCUCACGGUCCAGCGGCCAGGAGCCGCCGCUCAUCUCUCUCUGCAGCCACCGCUGAGGAAGCGUCCCCUCUGAGGGGAGAGUCGGUCAUGGCAGCAGACGCCGGGAUGGCUCCGCGACCGCUACGCCAGGCCCUCCUGGGCUCGGGCCGCAGACCAGUCGGCCCUCUGGCUCCUCGGCGACCUCCGGCGGGCGCCGGAGACCGGGAUGCGGGGCGCGCGGCAGAGAGGAGACGGACAGCUCAGGCCGGGCAGCAAGCAGACUCCCGCGCGUUCCGCGACUGCCACACGCGCCGCCCGCGCGCACCCUACCCUGUCUCCGCCGCCUGGGCCCUGAUUGGGCGCGACCUGGACUCUCGGGUGCUUAUUGGCGUCGCCAAGUGCUCGUCACUGCCCUCUCCCGCCCUUGCAUGCAACGCGCGGAGUCCGCCUGCUAGCAAGGAGGGGACUGUAUGUGGAAUCGCAAGGCCAAAGACACCGCGGGUCAACUCUUCUCAGGACCAGAUCCAAGUCGCCAGUGGGAACACACGUUCAGGCAGCCGCCACCAGCACCCCGCCUCAGGAACAAGGCUCCCUGCUUCAUGUGGGCAAGAGGUGCCCCUGUUUUCCCAGCAGGCAGUCGGGGGUCUGGAGCCUAGGGAGCAAAGUGAAGCAUACACUCCUGCUUCCUUCCUUCCCUGCACUUGAGACGGGAGUCUUACUUUGUUGCCCAGGCUGGUCUCAAACUCCUGGCUUCAAGCAAUCCUUCUGCUUCAGCCUUCCAAAGUGCUGGGAUUACAGGCAUGAGCCACCAUGCCCAGCCUCCUUCCCUUACUAGCUGAGAACUAAGAGAAGACACUCUGGAGACAGAGGAGGAAACAAUGGCGACACCGCACGAUGAAUACAUAGUGGAGGAUGAAGACAAGGCUCCGUCAGGGGCACUAGCAAGGGAAGCCCAGUUCUGUGGGGAAGGUAUGGGGCGGCUUCACAAGCCCAGUGUCUGUCUGCUCUCUUUGUGGGAGAUGUGUUGUUUCGGCAUCCAUUCCUGCUUCUUUUAGGAAAAGUGCUUGAAUUUCCUUUUCAGGAACCACCCACCAUCCUCUCAUCCAUGCGUUCUGUUCCUGGCAUCAGGGGUAGACAAGUGACUUCAGGCUUGGCCAGUUAGGGUUCUGACUCUUGGUCAAAUUGGAGUGAAUCCUGAGUCAUUUGUAAACUCCAAGCAAAGGGCUUGCUUUGUUUUCUGUUGAAUGCAGUGCUGUGAGAUAACCAGAAAUGAAGCUGCUUUCUUGCCACAGUGAAGGCAAGAAAAGGGCCUGGCCGGCAAAUGAUGCCAGCGAUUGGGGUGGAGCUGGAAGAAGGGGAGCGAGGAGGCCCAGACAUCUUGGGAGCCCCGAAUUCACCUCAGGAUUUAACUUCUCUGCUGCUUAGCCAAUUAACUCCUUUCUUCCAUGACUAGUUUGAGUUGAGUUUUUAGUUUUUGCAACUAAAACAGCACUGACUAAUACACCCUUAGGUAAGAUUAGAGCAAGAAUUUCCAAUAUCUGUUUUCUUCAUCCUGAAAUUUGGUGAGGAUAUCUAAAGUUCUUUUGUCUUUUAAAAGAAUUCUGUUACAAUGGAAAGUAUCAACCCAUAUUUUUCCAUUUCUCCAAAGUGUUUUAGUGUAUAUCUACAGGGCACAAACUUCUCUCUGUAGGCCCUCUGUCAUGGUUGCUCUGUGCCACCUGUUAAG